UAGUUAAAUAAAGAAAUGGGAAGAAAUGGGCCCACGAAGCAAAUUAGGGUUUCUGGAAUUAAAAUCUAAUCACAAAACCCCCCUUCACCUGCCGCACUCUCCUCUUCAUCGCUGAGAUAAUUUUGAACUCGGCUGGAAAAUGGUGACUUACAGGUUCCAUCAGUACCAGGUGGUGGGGAGAGCUCUGCCGACAGAGACGGAGGAGCAUCCGAAGAUCUACCGCAUGAAGCUUUGGGCCACCAAUGAAGUCCGCGCCAAGUCCAAAUUUUGGUAUUUCUUGAGGAAGCUUAAGAAGGUAAAGAAGAGCAACGGCCAGGUUCUUGCUAUCAACGAGAUUUUCGAGAAGAACCCUACAACCAUCAAGAACUACGGUAUCUGGUUGAGAUACCAGAGCAGAACUGGUUAUCACAACAUGUACAAGGAGUACCGUGACACCACUUUGAACGGUGGCGUUGAGCAGAUGUACACCGAGAUGGCCUCCCGCCACAGGGUGCGCAGCCACUGCAUCCAAAUCAUCAAGACUGCCACUGUCCCUGCCAAGCUUUGCAAGAGGGAGAGCACUAAGCAGUUCCACGAUUCCAAGAUCAAGUUUCCCUUGGUCUACAAGAAGGUUAGACCACCUUCCAGGAAACUCAAGACCACAUACAAAGCAACCAGGCCCAACUUGUUUAUGUAAACUGUGUGGGUCAUUUAUUGUUGGAGUAAAAUCAACUAUAUUUCUUUUAUCAUCUAGAGAAAGCGAGUGACAGUUUUCUUCAUUAGUCUCCUCAAUCUGAACUCCUUUACAAUGUUAUGUUUUGUUGACCUAUAUCACUGGGCAUCCAAAUUGAGACAGAUAAAUUGCAGUUUCUUUCUUUUCUUGGCUUUGGAAAA